GUUUUGAAGUAGGAGUCCACUUUAGAAAUCACCCCCCAAAACAAAAGUUUCCGCGCCAUCGUCACCUAUGGCUCUCUCUGCCCCUCCGGCACCACCUAACGUCUCGUCCGCCGCCGCAGCUGAUGCCAGCGCCAUCACGACGACGACGACGACGACUACGACUAGACCUCUAUAUACCAACUCACGCCCACCUCUCACUCUACAGUCACACCCUCUCCCUCCACAAUCCCAGCGAUUCGCUUCAAAUCCAAACCCCAUCUACUCGCAAUUAGCUCCGCCGCCGAACCAGAGCACUCUGUACCCUAUCGCUCCUUCAGGACGAGGAGUUAUUCCUAGACCCCCCAUACCAUAUCCGCCUCCUAAUCAAAGCAAUUAUUUGACCCGGGGACCUCCGGUUGGGUACGCUCCUGGCUCAAUUCUACCUCCUUUCCUGGUUUCUGCUCAUACAGAUCCGGGUUUGCGGCCGGGACUGGGAUUUCCGGAGCCUACUAAUUUGACUCACGCGCAUGUUUCCCCUGUCACUCUUCCUAAUUCUACUGCUAACGGUACACCUCUUAUACCCGUUGUCGUGAAUGGCGUUCCAGUCGCUUCUGCCCAUCCGAAGCCACUACCUUCUUUUGCUGAUUUCAGUGGCUCCAAAGAUGGAAGGGACAGAAGUAAAAGUGAUUCGUUUUCAGUUGUUAGAGAAAGGAAAGUCAAAGUUUCUGAUACUGCAUCCCUCUAUACUCUUUGCCGGUCAUGGUUGAGGAAUGGUUUUCUUGAAGAUACUCAGCUGCAAUAUAGGGAUGUUGUAAAAUCUCUCCCAAAGCCAUUGCCUGUGGCUCCACAAGAUGCCGAGUCACCUGAGAACAAGGAAGUAGAUAAGGGACCGGAUGAAGAGGAUGAUGUAUCGGUUGAACAUUUAACUAAAGAAAAGCUGUUGCUUAUGCAUGUCACCCGUGCUAAGAAAAUUAGGUCAAAAUUAAGAGAUGAAAGGCUAAGACGCAUUGCUAGAUACAAAACGAGGCUUGCUCUUCUCCUUCCCCCUAUGGUAGAUCAAACACAUCAUAGUGGGGGAUGAAUGCCUAUCCACCCAAUCCUUCGCGAGUGUAACUAAAAUCCACAGCAUAAAACUGAGGUGAACUAAUUAACCUGUGGAAGAAUUAGAGUAUUUGUUUUGGUUUUAUUCGUUAAUUAAUUGUAUGCAACAUUCCUUUAGUUGUGAAGAGUAACCUAGGUCACUAGUUUAUCAUCGGAGUAAAGCUUGUUCAUGCUAUUAAUUCUGCUUCAAAUUCUGACAAGUUUAAGAGUUGUGACAUACGGAAUUAGGAAAAGUGAAAUGAAAUUCAACUUAGGUUUGGGGUUUUCACAGUGUAGGAGCUCACUUGCCCCGGUCAGCUUGUGGUAUAUUAUACAAACAGUUCAUUAUGUAAUUUGAAGCUUUUUCCCAUUUAGUUUGCGGACUCGUUUGGAACACAAAACAUACUAACUAGGAAGAAAAGAGAAAUGAA